UUUGAUACCUCUCUCUCUCUCUCUCCACCAUCCACUCCCUUCAGCCAUCUUGUACUUUCUCUAUCUGUAUAUAAAAGCAAAACCUACAUAGUCUUGCACUGUUUCCAUUCUCUCCUCAAACACAAAACCUCUUUUCAUAUUCCACCCAUGGCAGACCCUUACUCCAAUUUCUUCUCACCAGGUAGUUUCUUCCACCACUAUCCUUCUCCAAACCCUUCACCCCACCACCAUCCCUAUGCUCACAACUUCCUCAACCAAAAUGGUUCCAACAUCAAUAACCACAACACCUUUUUCCACUUCCACCACUUUCAAACCACUAUUUGUUCUUCUUCACCUCCUUCCCCUCCCUUGAGAGAAGCCCUUCCUCUUCUAACUCUCAGCCCAAGAAAUGAAGAGGAACAAGAAGAGGAUGACCAAGAUCAAGAUCAGGAGAUUCUUCAGGAAAAUAUUUGCACUGCCAUGGAUGUGGAAGAGAAUUACAACAACAGAACCCUUCACCUUCACCCAAAAGGGGAGGAACAAGAUCAAGAAGAUACUGAUGAAAGUGUCACUGUUGCACUGCACAUAGGGUUGCCAAGCCCUAGUGCUGCUGAGAUAGCUUCUGUUCUUUCUUCAGCAGCUUGUUCUACAGACAAAGAACAACAAGGAGGAGAUGGAGUUGGUAAUAACAACAGUAAUAAUGGGAGUGAGGAUUUUUCUUCUUCAGGGUUCUUGUCUAACAGGCUCAACAAGGGACAGUACUGGAUCCCUACCCCUUCUCAGAUUCUCAUUGGUCCUACUCAGUUCUCUUGUCCCGUUUGUUGCAAAACCUUCAACAGAUACAACAACAUGCAGAUGCAUAUGUGGGGGCAUGGAUCACAGUACAGAAAAGGGCCUGAAUCUCUGAGGGGUACCCAACCAACAGGUAUGCUAAGGCUUCCAUGCUAUUGCUGUUCCCCAGGUUGCAGGAACAACAUUGAUCACCCAAGAGCAAAGCCCCUCAAAGACUUCAGAACCCUCCAAACACACUACAAGAGGAAGCAUGGGAUUAAGCCCUUCAUGUGCAGAAAAUGUGGCAAGGCCUUUGCUGUGAGGGGUGAUUGGAGAACACAUGAGAAGAACUGUGGCAAGCUUUGGUAUUGCAUCUGUGGAUCUGAUUUCAAGCACAAGAGGUCCCUUAAGGAUCACAUCAAAGCCUUUGGAAGUGGCCAUGCAGCUUACGGGAUUGAUGGAUUUGAAGAAGAAGAAGAGCCUGCAUCUGAAGUAGAACAAGAUAAUGACUGAAGGAUCGAAAAUGGAACUGAACUGGUUUUAUUUUAAUUAUAUAUAUAAUGUCUGCAUGUGAAUUAUUAUCUUAUUCUUAAAUAAAUCUCAGUUAAUUUGUGAACUAAUUAUUUGGUAUGAGUACAUAUCCAAUGGCUUCCCAUUUGAGAACUAAAUAUAAUUAAGCACCAAGUUUAAUUAGAUGGAGGCCAACCUUUUUUAUUCUUCUUUCUUCUCCUUUGUCUUUCUUUUCUUUCUGUUGGAAUUGACAAGCUUAUUACAAAGCCAGGCGUAAAUCCAACUUCAGUUUUAGUUUGUUCUCAUGUAUACGAUCUCCUCUCUCUUUUAUA